GUGACGAAAGUUAACUUAAACAUGUACAUAGGUUUCAGACUAGGCCAGUUCGUAAGCGUUAACAAUUAUGUGCAGAGUUUCUGCACAGGUGGCUGGCAGUGACCUGGAUGCACUGCACCUGUCGUCUGUCAAGUGGCUGCUAAUGCGAUUAGGGAGCACACAGAAAACGGGAUUGGCACUCGGGACUGGCAACUCAGCUGCCAAUCAGAAGGACACGAAGUAAAGUAAACACAACCCCACACCCCUGACAAGAUGCCGGCGGACAUAGUGACCACGGAGCAGCUGCGCUACCAGCUCGCCUUCAGUCAUGCCAUGGAAAGGACGACGAGGCACUGGCAGGAGACCUUCGCGUGGUACCCUAAGAUGCAGUGCUGCCAUUAUCAGCGGAUUGACCAGAUCUAUCUGACGAGUCGCCAGCGGUACGGCGACGGCCACUUCCUCAAGUACGCCAACCGCAGGCGCCUGGCAAAGAAGUUCGUGGUUACCGCCCAGGAGGUUGCGGAAGGUUUGGAGGAUCUGAAGAUGCUGGAGCAAGACGGCAUUACGGGCCUCAAAGUUGCGGUCACCGAGAACGGGGAGUACGGCCGAAUGAAGCCCUCCAAGCUGUACAUGUGCUAGGACACCCUGUGACCAGCCGGCCCGCUCUGCUCCCCAAUCCUCGCCAGAACCCCUCACGAUUAAACUAUCAUUCUCUGCUGACAAUGCAACUCUCAAUGGCCGUCACUCAUUACGCGAUUUUAGCAUGACCGUGCGCAUAAUUAACAAGGUGAAAACGUCAGUCCCACCUGCAACUGCUUGCCCCGCCCGCCUCGCCGCCGUAGCGAGUGCUCACUGUACCUUCUCCUACUGGGGCGCAGUUGAAAAGUUCACACAGGUAAUUAAGUGAUCGCGUCUGUCCACUCCAUGAGAUGACUUGCCUCGCUUGUUCGGGAUCUCGGAAACUGCUUUAUGGCGCCCAUAAACUGGGAAAUAUUAUGCUCAGUGAAUUAAUUAUAGAUACCAUGCGAAUCUUAAGGAUUUCGUUUAGGACAGUCACUUCGCCUGAUAACUGAUUGAUAAAUUUACAAUUGUGAAAUAUAAUCUGGGAUACUGUUUGCGAAAAUAUAGUUAUUUCGGGGCACGCCGCACUGCGAGUUCCUUGAUAAAUGUGUCCAUCGACGCAGCUGCUCCUCCUGCGAUUGCAGACGUAAGCCCAGGUGUCGUGGGCCAACUUCGAGCAGUAUGAUUUAAAAGUUCCAUAUGCAAAUUACCCUCAAAGUUUCCGGCGAGCCCAUCCGUCUAUCGGAGUGCGUGGUAGAUGGAAAUGCGAAAGUGGCAAGUGGAAAUGUGAACUGUGAAAUGGGGAAAAUAGGAAAUGCAAAUGCCCAUGCAAGUGUGCAAAUUACACAAAGGACGCUAACUUUGGGCCAACUUGCGAACUGGGCCAGCGACUCAUUAGACACAUGACAGCAUUCACAGAGUGGGUGGUGGUUCAAUCGGCCCAAUGUGCGGGGAAGGGGAGGUGGAUCGUCAGGUGGGCAGCGGCAAGUGCGUGUGAAAAAUCAGCCAUCAGCAGCCCACAGAAUCGCCAAGCGCGCAAUUAAACGGUAGCGGAUAAUUGCUAUCGAAAGCCAUAAUGAUGGCCGGAUCAGUACUUACCCCGACUCCAGUAUAUGCUUCCAUAUCUUGAUGCGGCUCUCCAGAGGAGAGCUUUGUGCGCCUUUCUCGGCUCUCAUUGUUCACCCGAUUUUCCCAUCAGCAUCGCAUCGAUGCGAACUUUUCGAGACCAUCACCUUAUUUCUGUUGACUCAUACUCCUCCCAAUCCAACGGACGGACAGCCUCUGAUUUUGGCGGUGCUCAAGACUGAGCAGUGGUGACAGUCGAAAAAGCAGGCCAGAACGAGAGUUGCUGCGCUGUAGAGCUCAAAACAAAUAAACAC